CAUGCAAUUAAGCUUGCAUCACUAGCUAACUAAACUUCCUACUUGCUCUCUUCUUGUUGCUUAAUUACACUAGCUACCUGCUGCAUACAUUGCAGCAGCUUAAUUAAUUACUUCCAAGACCAAGCUUAAUUGCUUCAUAAUCUUCAUUCACAAAUAACUUGUGUUUAGUUGCAUCAUCUUCUUGAAAGCUUCAGCCAUGGUGGUUCCGGUGAUCGACUUCUCCAAGCUCGACGGCACAGCCUCCGAGAGGGCCGCGACGAUGGCGCAGAUCGACAGCGGCUGCGAGGAGUGGGGGUUCUUCCAGCUGGUGAACCAUGGCGUCCCGAAGGAGCUUCUUGAUCGGGUGAAGAAGGUGUGCUCGGAGAGCUACCGUCUCCGGGAGGCGGCGUUCAUGGAGUCGGAGCCGGUGCGGACGCUGGAGGGGCUCUUGGAGGCGGAGCGGCGCGGCGAGGCGGUGGCGCCGGUGGACGACAUGGACUGGGAGGAUAUCUUCUACCUCCACGAAGACAACCAGUGGCCGUCCAGCCCGCCGGAGUUCAAGGAGACGAUGCGGGAGUACCGCGCCGAGCUGCGGAAGCUGGCGGAGAGGGUCAUGGAGGCCAUGGACGAGAACCUCGGCCUCGACAAGGGACGCAUCAAGCGCGCCUUCACCGGCGACGGCCGCCACGCGCCCUUCUUCGGCACCAAGGUCAGCCACUACCCGCCGUGCCCGCGGCCCGACCUCAUCACCGGCCUCCGCGCCCACACCGACGCCGGCGGCGUCAUCCUGCUCUUCCAGGACGACCGCGUCGGCGGCCUGCAGGUGCUCAAGGGCGGCGAGUGGGUCGACGUGCAGCCGCUCGCCGACGCCAUCGUGAUCAACACCGGCGACCAGGUGGAGGUGCUCAGCAACGGCCGCUACCGCAGCGCGUGGCACCGCGUCCUCCCGAUGCGCGACGGCAACCGGCGCUCCGUGGCGUCGUUCUACAACCCGGCGCUCGAGGCGAGCAUCUCGCCGGCGGUGGACGGCGCCGCCGCCUACCCGGAGUACGUGUUCGGCGAGUACAUGGACGUGUACGCCAAGCAGAAGUUCGAUGCCAAGGAGCCACGCUUCGAAGCCGUCAAGGCGCCAAAAUCUGCUUAAAAUUAAACACUUUUAUUUGUGAAUAAAUUAGUUGCAUAAUAAAUCAUAUAACAUGCUAAAUUAAGAUUAAAAAAAUGUUAUCUUAAAAUAUUGUAGUGUGAUUAUUGUCAUGAGACUACAUUUAUUGUAUGUUACAGUAAUUUGAAAUUUUGGUGUCUUAUGAUUGUCAGUAAGAAUGUUAUAUAAGCGUGUAUUGUUAUA